CUGCUCUUUUUUCAGGCACUGAUAUUCCUCCAAAAUCUUUUAUUGCUCUGGACGACUUCAAGAGUGCUGAAGGAAUUGGGUGAUUACUUGAACUUCUUGCGCACGAACGAUACUGCAUACCUAAAGUACUUUGAAUGGGCCAAAGAUUACCGACUGUCGCCGACGUAUACAAGUACAGCACUAUGUGAACUUUGUACGGACAUUUAUCACAAAGAGAGUUUAAUCAUAGACGACAUUGCUCAGUACUACACUCAUAACCAGUGCUCCUACAAUGAAUAA